GUUUUCUCUCACAUCAACACAGGAGUGCCUGGCCCUGAGGUUACUCCACAUGCGGAAAACGUAUUACUGUAUGUUGAUGCUGCUUAAGUUUGUUGUGCACUCUGUCUCUCCCAUCUUAUUUUGUGACUGCAGGAUUUUAAAGGGACAUUUUCACUUCUAUGUUUGAUGACUGAGACUGAGUGGAAUAUUUUGUUUUAUGAUUAAUUCAUUCAUGCUGUUAACUACCUUCCAGGUCCCUUUGUUGCAACUCCAGGACCAACAGGCUCAUCACUGGGCUAUGAGGACAACAGGGAAGUGUUGCAUAACCUAGUUGUUGAGGGCAACAUGGUGACCACCGAUGGGACCAUCCCAGCCAGCCUGUCCAGAACACUAUGCCAAAGACAAAAUAUUGAUAACACAGAUACCUCUAACUCUCGGACUCACCCCACUACAAUCCACUCAUCCGUCAACUCUUUGAGGUGAGCCCAGAAAAUGUAAAUGUCUUUAUAAUCACUCUCUUGUUCAAAAUAAUUGAGUGCAUUAUACUAUAUCAGAUGUGUAACAAUCUGCAGGAUCAGGUACAUGUUAUUUCACGUAGUUACAUCAAAGAUAAAGGAAGUUAAAUUCUGAACCCCUGUCACUAUAUGGUGGGUUAUACAGCAGCCGUAGGCAUCAAACUCUCUGAAGGGCAUUAUGUUGUAUUCUGAAGCUGCAGUGUUCAAGGCUUAGACAAUAGGCACUUAUGCUCAUAUUGUUAAGAUUUCCAUGCUGUCAGCAUUUUUGCACAAAAGCAUAAGGUAAAGAAGCCACAAUUUGACUUCUUCACCAAAUGGGGUUGGGUUUAUAAUUUUGUUAUAAUAACAUUGCAAUUUUUUUACAUUCUGAAGUUAUUGACAAUUCCAGUAGCAUUAACAUAACACCUAUUUUAAAUGUAUCAUAAUAUAAAAACACCUGCCAGUUCAGUUAGCAAAUGCCAUAAUAAAAACGAAUGGGGUGGAGAACAGAUGCCCAAGGUAUCCUGAUGCAAUUUGCUUUUAUCUUUGGGCGGCUUAUGCUGGAGUGCCUUGACAUAUAUGGUAUAGUAGCCACCACCCCCCACACACACAUGUCAUUGCAGUCCUAAAAUAAUCUCUGAAAGCACAGCUGAGCACUGGCUAUCCUCCCCCGCUGUUGUCAUUGCUCGACCGCUGCUCUGCCCCAUGUGUUCUCUACUACGCGUGUGGAGCCGCUAAAAGAAUGACGAGAUUUAGUUAUUCUGAGUAUCUGUCGCAAUUUCGUUAUGGUGGGAACAAGGGCAAUACGUCUUUAGGUAAAUUAUCCAGCGAUGAGAAACGAUGUGCUGAGCGGCGACGGCAGAACGACAUUACGUCAGAGUCAGCGGAGUGAGUAUUUUGCUACUUGUGAAGCGCUGGGCAAUCGGCCUAUCAGUGAUUUUAUUUUAGUUGCCAGUGGUUAGAUAUAAGGGCCAUAAUGUAGUGUCCUUGUAAAUCAAAAUAUAUUAUCAUUGAUGAUAUAAGAGAGACAUAUUUCCUAGUUGUCUUUUUUAUACACUGAAACAGACCACACUCAUUUAGUCCACGGGGAUUGUACUCUUUAUUUAAAAACAUUAAAAACUAGAUUUAUGAGAGAACUUGGUAUCAUAAACCUGCAUCUAUUAACCAACAUUCUGUUUUGUCUCUUCAAGUCAUUUGCCUUCCCUCUGUUGUAGGGAUGUAGAGCCAAUAGUGUUUGCCAUCCAGAGAGGAGAUGCUCAAGCUGUGAAAGAGCUGUCAGUGGCUGCACCACUCAGCCUGAUGAAAGAGAACAAAGAAGGAUGGAUACCUUUGCAUGAGGCUGCAUAUUAUGGCCAAGCUGAAUGCAUAAAGGCACUGAUGAAAGGUACAUUUUGGAAGCAUAAUUUCUGUCAAUGGAAAGCCUUGCCUUUAUUAUUGGGGUUGAAUGAAAUAGACUGGAGGAUCAUGAAAUGGUGGAAAGAAGACACCAUACUGUUAUAUAUUAUGAAAGCUGUGGAUGAUGUUUAAGCAUUGUGUGUUUACAUUUGUGUAUUGUAGCCUAUGCAUAUAUUUAUUCUCCAGCCCAACCAGGGUCAGUUGACAAGCGCACCCUCCAGGAACAGACUGCUCUUCUCCUGUCAGUUUCCGGUCAGCACUUGUCCUGUGUGCAGUGCCUUCUACAGGCAGGGGCAGACCCUGACAUCAGCAGCAAGAACAAAGAGACACCCCUAAACAAAGGUACAUCUCUCCAAAUAGGCUAUAGCAUGAGAGUGGAAGAUAAUAGUACCUCUGUUUUUAGAUAGAUGUAGGCCUAUGGUGAAGCAUGGUGUCUUCUGCCAGGCUAACCCAAUGUCCUCUGAUGCCUUCCAGCGUGUGAGCGGGAGAACGUGGAAAUGGUGAGCCUCAUCCUGUUAUUCGGGGCCACAGUGAACCAGAGGUGUAACCGGGGCUGGACAGCCCUCCAUGAGGCAGUGUGCAGGGACAACAUGGAGAUCUGUGAGAUGCUGGUUAGGGCAGGAGCCACCAUUAACCCUCCUAAUACCUACAGCAUCACACCGCUAAUAGUAGCAGUCCAGCAAGGACGUGUAGAGGCCCUGCGGUACCUCAUUAGGAAAGGUAGGGUUCACUAUGUGUAGUUCUGUAAGAGUCUGAGAUGACAUGUAUGGCCACAUAAUGCAUCCCUGCUAUAUGGCUGUUAAUUAUCACCUUAUUCACGCAGACAAUGGCAUCUUAAAGUAAUUAAGUGAUGUGUUCAGUCAGUUCUUUGCGAUGUGUCUGAUGUUGUGUUCUUUUCCCCAGGUGCUGACGUCAACAUGCAGACGUGUGACGGUGCUACAGCCCUGUAUGAGGCCAGUAAAGAUGGCCACAGGGAGAUAGUGGAGCUACUACUAUCUCACAACACAGACGCCAACAAACCCACCAAGACAGGACUCUUACCUCUACACAUUGCUGCUCAGUAUGGACACCAUGAGUAAGUUAGAGUGCACUAUAUUUAUCCUGUCGUGUCUGUCUGUUGUAUUACUCUUAUGUACAGUACUAAUGUCCACUUGUUCCAGGAUUGUGUCCCUGCUUGUCCCGGUCACCAGUCGGGCCAGAGUUCGCCACAGUGGGAUCAGCCCCCUCCACCUGGCUGCAGAGCACAACAGGGACAUGGUCACAGCCAUACUGCUCAAGACAGGAGCCGACGUCAAUGCCACACUAUCCCACAAUCGCUCCAUGCAGUAUUCGGAUCACCGCACCACGCCACUUUACUUUGCCAUUGCCAAUGGGAGCAGGAAGUCAGCAGAAAUGUUACUGAAAGCUGGUGCUAAUCUGAGCCUGGACCCAGUCAACCCUCUACUAGCAGCUGUAAGACACGGUUGUACCAGGACUGUCUCUCUACUGCUGGAGCAUGGGGCCGAUGUUAACACCAGCAUCCCAUCCUGUCCUACCACCUUCCCUGGUGCUAUUGUACUCUGUAUGAAUAACCUACCACUUCUCAAGUGCCUUUUGGAUAAGGGCUGUGAUGCCCAAGCCUGCUUCAGAUGUGCUUAUGGUUGCUGGCCCACACCCAGCACAGGACAGCAUGGGCAGCAUAGGCAUUGACAUCAACAAAUGCACCAAUGACAUGUCUCUUCUAACCUGCACAGAACCUGCUGUCAGCAAAGUACAGGUAAGGCAAAGUAGGCUCAUAUUGCAGUGAUCACAAUUAUUAUGGGAACUUGAUAGACAUUUUUUAAACAAGGCAUGAUGCUCAUUAUCUUUUCUUUCUGUUCAUCCUAAUAUCCCUUAGUUUUGUGAGUUGAUCUCAUCACCAUCCAUGUGUAACUGGGAAGGGCCCAUCGUAGACUUGCUGCUGGACUACGUUGGUAAUGUUCAACUGUGUGCCAGACUCACCGAGAUCCUGGGCGGCCGGAAGGAAUGGCCCAGCAUCAAGGCCAAGUCAUGUGAGUACAUCUAGACACAUACACACACACAGGUGAGACAAUCUAACACAGUGUCCCCUGUUGUUUCCUCAGUGUCAUCCCGUCCACUGAUGCACCUAUGUAGGGUAAGGAUCCGUGAGCAGGUGGGUGUGUCCAGACUCAGGUCUCUGGAUAACCUACCCCUCCCAGACAGACUGCUGCAGUACCUCAGCCUGACCAGACACAGCUUUGAUGACUUCUGCCCUGAUGGCAAAUAAGGCUUAUCAGUGUCCUGUGUUGUGCCUUAUAGUAUAUUACCUGUUUACAGGAGUUUUGGCUGUAUUUAUGGGUUAGUAAUUAUUUAUUGAUUGGGUAAAAUGUGUGUAAUGGGAAAAUGUGUGUUGUUUGCACAUAGCAUGUGUGUGUUGUGUGCACAUACCGUGGAAGUGAGCUGCAGUUCUGAGUGGAUUGGCUGACAAAUGACAACAGAUAGCCUAAAGCCACAGUAGUUGAUAAUCUCUGAAGAAGUGCAGCGAAACUGAGCUCAAAUGAAACUCAAGGUAACCUUUUAAAAUACCUGUGUCAUUCAGAUGUUUAGGCCCAGGCAAACAAAUGCAGACAAUCAAUGUGAUGGUUUAUAGAAUGUACUUGUGUAUUCAGCACUAAUUAUGUAAUGUGUUUUUAAAGUGUGUUUUCAACAGACCUUGUGCAAUGAGUGUAUGCCUAUAUAAUAGUCCAGUUGUUGUUGUACUCUACUGUAAAUGUCAGUGCCAAAAUGUAUGAUCCUGUAUUGGAAAAGGUGCUGGAACCAAAGAAAAAAAUCGAAACAUCUGCAGUUUAUUUAAAAAUAAAUGUAAAUUCUCCAUUUCACAAGUAUUAUUUACAAACAGAAAAUAUCAAGAAAUUCUGGGGGGGAAACGUCACUGUCAGUCUGUUUACUUUUUUGGAAAAAUAGCAGUGAACUACAAGUCAUUUCGAUAAAUUAGUUUUAAAAUCAGUGUAUUUAAGAAAUAUAUAGCCUACACGAACACCAUGAGGUGAUCAACACACACGCAGACCUCUCCCUCAGCAUAGCUGAUCACAACGAAUCAAAGAAUGGACAACCUCGAAUGUCACUCUCCAUUCAUAUAUCAACACGUUUACUUCGAUUUAAAAAAAGAAAUAUGUUGAAGUAUAGUCUAAAAUUUUCAGUUUUGUUUGGUGCUAUGAUUUUAUCAUGAAUGUUAUGGAAGCCAGGUGGUAGGUAGGCUAAAGGUGCAGGUGUUCCAAGCAGAGGUGGCCUAUUUGGUCUGAAAGACUACUUAAGUGCUUAUGACUGACUACUCUUUAAAAAAAAAAGAGAAAUGCCAAGUUUUAAAUAAAAACUUAUGGCAUUGCAAAGUAAACUAAUUCAUAUUUACAUAUUCGUUAUUGCUUAUUGAAAUGAAGAAUUGCUUAUUUAAAUUAUAUUUACACGUGCAUAAUUGUGUUUAAAUGAAGCCAAACACGCUGAAAAUCGAUGAGGGGACCGUGGGUUUAGUCGGUAUGGGUUUGACCACGACAUGCGUAUGGUUCUUAUGUCCGUGUGCCAUGUCAUGCGUUUCAGUUUCAGCCACUGGGGCUUUUCCCCAGAGUCCCACAGCUGAGUGGGGAACGACUAUGUGACUCUGGAAUACGUGGUGUCCAUGGUACUGAAACGGACAGCAACCGCAUACACUGACGUUGUGAGUGGCCACAUCCAGUUUGAGCGGUUCUUUUUCGACAGAGCCAAGUCGAUUGGAGUGAAACAUGGUCGGUUUUGGUUCCUGGUGAGUUUUUUUUCUUUUUUCAACCCUGUUGAUUCCUGUCACACCUUGGCUCUUUUUCCAUCCAUGCUGUGAAGGUUCUGUGUUGGUUUGGACUAACCGGGGUUCCUCCCAAAACGAUGCAGGGAGUUGACGUUUCCUCAUGGGUACCUGAUCUUGCUUAGUGUUAUCACUGUCUGCAGUUGGGUUCUGACCCGUCCUUACGUUCUCCUCGUCUUGCGCAUCCGAACCCCCUUUUUCAUUGAUGGGCGUCAUGCUCUGGUGAAUUGUCUCCAAAGAAUAGGCGCUAGACUUGUCCACCAGGGCUUUGGCGAUGCCAGACUCCGUGGUCCUGUGUGUGUGGCAUCUGGGCAUCCGAGAGUAUUUCUGAGAAAAACGCUUGAGCUGUUUCUGCAGGUAUUUCCUGUGGUCCACAGAGCGCCUGCAAGGGGCUGAUUUGUCUAGAGCCGCUUUGAUGUCACUGGAUGCUAAGUUUACAAAGUUCAGUAACGUUUUCACCUCACUGUCUGCACUUGCCAUUUUAAACAAUGUCAAAGUGUAAAUCUUUUAAUCCAUACUACCGAAAAAGUCCAUGCAAAUGAUAUUCUUCAUCUUAAAAAUCUGAGAAAAAAAGUGAAUGUCAUAAGACUUGAGAAGCAUGCGCAAACAAAUUUGUUAGGCUAAAUGCAAAAUAUAAGAACUCAAUAUAGCCUACUUACAUUAUUCGUUGUUCAUGAAGAAUCCCACAAUAAUUACACAAUUACGCAUAAUAAAACAAUAAUUAGCCUACACCAUUGCGCAUAUCCUAACAAAACGUCGUUUGCAAGUUAUCCAUUCAUAUCCACAAAUAAAACUUACCAUGUCCCCUGUUGAGGAUUCCCAUUCCUGUCUCUAUCCC